AUGUCGUUGCAACAAGAUAUGAACAGUCUGCUGCAUGCCAUGUGUGCACAGAUUGCUACGUUAACCUCACAACUCGCCGAGCUGCAGAACAACCCUCCUGCGGCAACCCCCUUGGUCGAGAAAAAGUUCAACAAAAAGGUCGAAGUCCUCCAGAUUUGGGUCAAGGCAAACUGGGACGCAUUUGCCGACAAUUUUGAGGAAUGCUACACCGCGGGAGUGUGGCCAACCUGGGAUGAUCUCAAGAAGGAGAUCGAAAAAUACUUCAAACCACAGGCUGAGCGUGACUGGGCGCUGUCAUGCACCAAAGUUGAUUGGUAG